AGCGCGAGUGAGCGUCGCUCGGUCCGUCCGCCCUGUUCCUCCGUCGCUUCGGUUUCGGCUUCGGCGUUCUUCUUUCCGCGGCUUCUUCUCGGCGUCCGUCGCUCGCGAGGUGCUCCAGGAGCGGCUCGUCCUGCUCCGCGUCGCGGGAAAGCUGUAAGCGAACCGUGGCCGUGGGAGCACCGAGGGAAAGGCGAAGGGGACUAAGGAGGCAUCGGCAACGCAGGCAGGCCUCCUCCGGCUCAGCCUGACUGGAAAUGGAGGCGUUCGGCAGCGGCGGCGCCGGCAGUCUGGACGACAGCAUGUCGGGCGUGAGCGUUUCGGACGUGAACGACCGCCUCUGCGCCCUGGAGCUUCGCGUGCAGCAGCAAGAAGACGAAGUAACUGUGAUGAAAGCGGCCCUCGCCGAUGUUCUUCGCCGUUUGGCAGCUUCAGAAGACUCGGCCGCUUCCGCCAAGAAACAGCACGGAGCUAAAGGGGGAGCCACGGCCAACACGUGCAUCACCAACGGAGGAACGUCUGCACGAAAGAGAGACUCUGCCUCCGUCACCAGGAAGGAAAUGCUGUCCUCCGUUGUCAAGAGCGGAGCGACCGAUUCCAGAAAGGAGGCGUCGGGUGUCCGCAGAUGUCCGAUGCAAGAGAUCCACGAGCGGGAGGAAGCUCCUCGUGACCCCGAGGACCAGACCCCUGCCCCCGCACCCCCCCACCUUCCCCAAAGUCCACAGAGAAGCCAGCCCGGUGACACUAGUAAAAGCCACGCGCCCCCCAAAAGCCCCCCGCCUGCCUUCUCGCUCAGGGGUCCAAGGCGCUCUGCAGGGGUGGAGCGUUCCCCAAGUAGCACCUGGGACACGUCUGAUGACAACAGAAACAAAUUGGUGAAAGCGGCGUCGACCUCCAAACUGCUUUCCAAAGUGGUAAAGACUGCGGACAGGCACAAAGAUCUGGUGGUGAGCCAAGCAUCCAAAAUGUCGACCCGGGAGAAAAACAGCCAAGCCGAAGGAAACCACAUCAAGAUGUUCAUGCGUGGACGCCCCAUCACCAUGUUUCUGCCCUCAAAUGUGGAAAACUACGACAACGUCCGCACAGACCUUCCCUCUGAGAAGCUCAAGCUGGAAUGGGUCUACGGUUACCGAGGACGGGAUUGCCGAGCGAACGUGUGCCUGCUACCCACCGGAGAGAUGGUGUACUUCAUCGCCUCAGUGGUGGUCUUGUUCAGCUACGACGAGCGAACCCAGAGGCACUACCUGGGACACACCGACUGCGUCAAGUGUCUUGCCGUUCAUCCCGACAAGAUUCGCAUCGCCACGGGCCAGAUUGCCGGCGUGGACAAAGAUGGAAGGGCCGUGCCGCCGCACGUUCGCGUUUGGGACAGCGUCAGUCUGUCCACGCUGCAGAUCAUCGGUUUGGGGACGUUUGAGCGAGGCGUCGGCUCCUUGGCCUUCUCCAGAGCUGACUCGGGACAGCAUCUGAGCGUGAUCGACGACUGCAACGACCACAUGUUGACCGUUUGGGAUUGGCAGAAGAAGUGCAAGAUGGCCGAGAUCAAGACCACCACUGAAGUGGUCCUGGUCGUGGAUUUCCACCCCACUGACCCGAACACCAUCAUCACCUGUGGAAAGUCACACAUCUUCUUCUGGGCCUGGACCGGCACUUCGUUGGCUCGGAAACAGGGCAUCUUCGGGAAAUAUGAGAAGCCAAAGUUCAUCCAGUGUCUGGCCUUCCUGAGCAACGGCGACAUUCUGACCGGAGACUCUGGAGGCGUCCUACUUGUGUGGACCAGGAGCCCCACAGAGACCUCUGGGAAAGGACCACGAGCCUUUCAGAUUGUUCGCCAAGUGAAAGGUCACGAGGGCAGCGUGUUCUGUCUGUGCGAGAUGAGGAGCGGCACCCUGCUGAGCGGAGGCGGAAAAGACCGCAAGAUUGUCCUGUGGGACCACCGCAUCCGAGCCGAGCGCGACAUCGAGGUUCCGGAUCAAUACGGGACCAUCAGGGCCGUGUCUGAAGGGAAGGGAGACGAGUUUCUGGUGGGAACGUCGCGGAACUUUAUUCUCCGAGGAACCUUCCAUGACGGCUUUACGGUGGAAGUUCAGGGUCACACGGACGAGCUGUGGGGCUUGGCGUCGCACCCGUCCAAAGAUUUGUUCCUGACAUGCGCUCAGGACCGUCUGGUGUGUCUGUGGAAUUCCAGCGAUCACAAGCUGCAGUGGAGUCGCAGCGUGGAGGAACACGGCCACUGCGCAGACUUCCAUCCCAGCGGAGGAGUGGUCGCCCUAGGAACGCAUUCGGGAAAGUGGUUCGUGCUGGACGCCGAGACCGCCGACCUGGUCGCCAUCCACACGGACGGCAACGAGCAGCUAUCCGUCAUGCGCUUCUCCGUAGACGGUGCCCUGCUGGCGGUGGGAUCUCACGACAACUUCAUUUACGUGUACAGCGUCGCCGACCGAGGACGGAAGUACAGCCGGUACGGAAAGUGCUCGGGUCAUUCCAGUUACAUCACACACUUGGAUUGGUCACCUGACAACAACUUCAUCAUGUCCAACUCUGGAGACUACGAGAUUCUCUACUGGGACGUUUCGAACGGUUGCAAAUAUAUCCGAAAUCGCUCCGAGUGUAAAGACAUCGACUGGGCCACGUACACCUGUGUGCUCGGCUACCACGUCUUUGGCGUGUGGCCGGAGGGCUCGGACGGGACGGACAUCAACGCCGUCAUUCGCUCCCACAACAGAAAGGUUCUGGCGUUGGCCGACGACUUCUGCAAAGUUCACCUCUUCUCGUACCCGUGCUCCACACCCAAGGCUCCCAGCCAUAAAUACAGCGCGCACAGCAGUCACGUGACCAACGUCAGCUUCCUGUUCGACGACAGUCACCUGAUCUCCACGGGCGGCAAGGAUACCAGCAUCCUACAGUGGCGACUGAUCGACAAGAGCGGCCCGGCGACGGGGGCGGCGGGAUCGUCGCCCUCGACCCCGCCGCCGGCCUCAGAGUUAGCACCGCCUCCCCCGGGGUCCGCUCCGGCUCUCUCCGACAGUCCCGAGUACAGCUCGGACCCCGCCGACGACGCGGACGUGCCCGGCGACGAUAGGGCGGCGACGCCCCUCGCGCCCCCCUCGUAGCCGCCCGCCGACGAGCGGCGGGACGCGGUCGGCCGCUGUCGGGCGUUCGUCUUUGUUUCGAAAACGUCCCGCUCGGCCUCCUCGCGCUACUGAGUUUAGGGGCGCGACUCCCGCCGCCGCAGGCCAUCCAGUGUGCGGUUUGCGGCUCCUUCUCGCACACAGGUGGGUUUUCCUCGCACGUUCCAAAAACGUGAUUGAAGACUCCAAAUCAGGGGUCACCACCUUUUGGAAAGAUGCAGCUGCUUAUUGAGGCGUCUGACACCCACCUCUCCUCAAAUAACAAAUUUGCUUAAAUGAUUUGGGGUCUCCUUGUCAUGCUGAGCUUUCAACUAUCCUAGUUUUUGUUGUUUUUUAUAUAUUGCCCUUUCCAAAUGUACACAUAGGAAUGAAUACUAACAGUCUGUUUCAUCUCACUGGGAGGUGGCACUCAUUUAAAAAAAAAAAAAAAAAAAAAAAAUGUUUUUUUUUUUUUAAGCAAACCCGAGUUGGCGACCACUCCCCUCAAUCGGCCACAGGUGUGAAUGUGAGCGGGGAUUUUUUUUCCUCUCUGACAUUGACUGGCGACCAGUCUUUUGGUCUAUAUGUGCAACCGAUCCAUUGUUUGUCUACACGUGUUGUUUUCGUCGACGGUGACAAGAUCAUUUUGUUGGCGCCUUUCUUUUUUCCCGGGACGUUGACGGUCAAAACGAGGGUCUUCAAUGACUAAAUCACGAGACUUGUUGCAGCCCCCCCCCCCCUUCUUUCUUCUUCUUACGAGGCAAAAACGAUGGCGGCUGCUCCGUGAGACAUUCAAAAUGCAGCAAAUCCUCGAGUUCUCCGUCAGUGGAAGCAGGAAAACUUGCGAGCAGGCCAUCCACCAGGGGGCGAUGUCGGCCACUUUUCUUCCUGUUUGAGGCUGCGUGUCCGUAUUAAUGAGUUAAUAAAUGUGGAAUUUGAAGUCUGUUUCAGUCAAAACUAUUAUACAUCUAAAUCUGUAGUCAUGUGCGUAUUCAAAUAUGGAGAUUGAAAGUUUCAAGAUUGAUUGAUUGAUUGAUUGAUUAAAACAGACUUUUAUUAAAUUAUUAAUGCAGACACGAAAAUUUGGGCUGUUGUUCAGAAAGACAGACAAAAGCUCCAGUAGAGGGUGGUGGGUGCUAGUCAUUUUGCUUUUGUUUGCGUUAAGGUCGUUCUAUUAUCCUAACGUGGGAGUAUUUUGUCAAAAUUCUGAAAUUAAUUAUAAAUUAUUAUUAAAUAAUGUACAUUUUAUUAAUUAUGAACAAACUGUGAUGAAAACUAGACCAAAAUCUUUUUUUAAUUUUCGUUGACUAAAACUGGACUAAACGAUCACUUAUUGAAAUGACUAAAAUGUGACUUAAGACUAUAACUAGGACUAAAAUUAAGACGGCCGCCAAUAAUAACACUGAUGUGCCCUACUGUUGACUGGCGAUCAUUCUUGUUUGCCUAUGUGCUCUUUGAUUGUCUGGCGACCAAUCCGGGGCGCUCAGAGUCAGCCGGCAUCAGUCACGACUCGGCCCACGUCAGUCCACGUGAUGUGCGUGCGUUCGUGUGUCAGCCCAUGUGAUUUGAGUGCGUGACUCAGGCCACGUGAUGUGUGUGUAUGUGCGUGCAUUAGUCAGUCCACGUGACUCAGGCCAUGUGAUGUGUGUGUGUGUGUGUGCGCAUGAGUCAGUCCAUGUGUGCGUGCGUGCCUCUUUUCACGUGAUGUGUGCGCGCGCGUGUACGCGACUCAGUCCAAGUGGUGUAUAUGCGUGCGUGACUCAGUCAACGGGAUGUGUGCGCGCGUGCCUGACUCAGGCCACGUGAUGUGUGUGGGUGCGUGCAUGCGUGUGUAAAUAUGAAACAUAGGCAGCCACGUUGAAGUCUUAGGCUUAAAAUCGAGUUGCUUUUUGUAAUGAUUUCUCGGGUCACCUGCACUUGGACAUUGUUUGGAGUUAACAACCAAUCAGUUGUGAGCAUUCCAGCUGGACUCGUGUGAUUGGCUGAAAUUCUCUUUUCUGCCUUUUUCGACCUUUGAACGCUUGUGGAGGGCCUGGGGGGCGGAGCUAGAUUGUGUCGUGACAAAAUGAUCAAGUGGGCUGUCUCAUCUAGCGUUCCUGCCUGUAUAACCCCAAAAAGAAGAAGAGCGUGACUGCAAAUAAAAACGGAUGACGAAUU